AUGUCCUCUGCUCCUCCGAACGCCCCGGGUCUGAGCGUGCAUGUGGCAGCACCCCUCAGAAAGGCAAACGCUGCACGGAGAGGUGGUGCGAUCCGUGGCAAAGGCCUCGACUGGCCUCUGGUUGUGAAGGACUUCAACCUGCUGCGCUGGCUGGGGGCGAACUCUUUCCGUACCAGCCACUACCCCUACGCCGAGGAGAUCAUGGACCUGUGCGAUGCCUACGGCAUCGUGGUGAUCGACGAGUGCCCAGGAGUGGGGAUUAAAAUGCUUGAGAGCUUUGGGAACAAGUCCUUGCAGCAUCAUCUUGUUGUGAUGGAGGAGCUGAUCCGCAGGGAUAAGAACAGGCCGUCAGUUGUGAUGUGGUCAGUAGCCAACGAGCCGGCAUCAGAGCUGCCCCCAGCAGCUUACUACUUUAAGACAGUGAUAGCUCACACUAAAGCUCUCGAUCCCUCCAGACCAGUAACCUUUGUGACAGAUGCUAAUUACGCUCUUGAUCAUGGUGCUCCUUAUGUGGAUGUAAUUUGCGUAAAUAGCUACUUCUCCUGGUAUCAUGACCCAGGCCACCUGGAAGUUAUCCCACUACAACUCACAACACAGUUUGAGAACUGGUAUAAAACCUAUCAGAAACCCAUCAUCCAGAGUGAAUAUGGAGCAGACUCAGUUCCUGGACUUCACAGUGAUCCACCUCUUAUGUUCAGCGAGGAGUAUCAGAAAGCUAUGCUAAAAGAGUACCAUUCUGUUUUUGACAAAAAGAGGAAAGAGUAUGUGAUUGGGGAGCUCAUAUGGAAUUUUGCCGACUUCAUGACUAACCAAGGGACCACACGUGUUUUGGGGAACAAGAAAGGAAUAUUUACCCGCCAACGACAGCCCAAAUCAGCUGCAUUUGUUCUUAGAGAAAGAUACUGGAAGAUUGCAAAUGAAUCAAGCUGUCUUCCGCCUAUAAUAAAAUCACAUGCCCUCUUUCUAAAAUGAAAUCUAAAGGUAUAGUGGCUGGGUACUAUGCUGAACUUGUUCAUUAAAUUUCUGUUUAAGUA